CGCUGUGUUGACACGCUCUGCACCUUGCUCCUGCCCUCUCCUUUCACUCUUCUUAUCCCCCCGAUCCCCCCAUCAUUCCUGAAAACUCCUGAGUGCCUGGAUUUCAUCAUCCAGCCCUGCAGGAUGCUCCCCUUUGUUCUGAGGAAGGCUGUCCCAGACAGAGAGGAGGAGAUGGAGGUAGAUACCAAGAUUGAUAUGGAGGAGGAGAUGGAGGUAGAUACCAAGAUUGAUAGGGAGGAGGACAUGGAAAUAGAAGACCCUGGAGAGGAAGCGAUGGACGUGGAUGAGGAUGAUGAAGAAGAGAUGGAUGUGGAUGUGACUGAGGAAGAAGAGAUGGAUGUGGAUAUGGAAGAGUCCAUUGUGGACAUGGAUAUUGAUUAAGAAGUUGAGGAAGAGGCCCUGAUCUUGGCAUGAAGAGCAAUGCCAGCAGCAGGACAGGCAGAGUGGGUCUCCUGCUGCCAGGCUGGAGCU